AUGCCAGCACCAGAGAAUAUUCGGUCAAAGUUUACAGGCAAUGUCUGUUUCUACACAUUCAUUGCUCGUUACCGGCAAGGAGUUGUUUUAUGGCGUAACAUAGAAACCGUAAUACGCGAGAACGAGGUCGCCCAGGUUCGCGGAGAUAGCUCAACAGCCAAAUUAGUUUUACCAGGCAACUCAACACCACCGACGACAGAUGCAGAUGCUCGAGCGUGUAAGCGCUUUGCGGCGCGUCCCAAAGUGAGGAUCGAUGAUAUCAUGAAGAAAUUGCGACCUUCAGUUCCCACUGGGAAAGAUGAACCUCAGUUGAAAAUUGAGCUUAGAACGUUGAAACGGAAAGUUCCGUCCAAACGGGGAUCCAGACCUAGAUCGAAUGGGACAGAUAGUUCGUCAACCGAGCAAACACCGCCUCCUCCACUUCUCUACAAAUCAAGCGAGCUUUGCACGAUCACUUACGACUCUGAUGAAUCUGCGGCCUUAGAGAUGGACGACCAUUUUUAUAUCAAAGCUAGCCAGCUUUAUGUACAACCGAGUCGAGGUCCUAUAAAACCCUGGGGAUUGGCGGAGAGCUACAGUGCCCAGAUUACUUUGAAUGCGAUAGACGUUGAUGAAAAGUGGCCCCCCUUCCUUUCUGGCGAAAGACCGCAGGGCAGUAAGAAGUGGCGGGAACCUUUUUACGUUGUUUUGUACUGCACCCUUGCCUCUUUGCCGAUGACUUCAGGUAUUUCGCAGUACGAUGUGUUUUUGAAGUUCGAUUCCACUUCCAACGAGCGCUCGGGUUUAAGUCUCGAAGUAGACUAUGGGUGGAGCCAAGUACAAUCACAACGUAACGGACUUGAUCACCAGUUGGCUAGGCUUCCGACACCUACCUUGGAUAAGGAACAGUUUUCGUGCUCCAGACCGACAUACAAUGUUUUGACUAUCUACUACUUUCGGGGCUCAGUAGAUGACAAAGAUUUACAAAGUCAAUAUGGGGCUCCAAAUCCCAGAGACCAACACCUGUUCUCGAUUACCGGAUAUACCUGUCCCAUUUGCGACGGUAAAAAGUUUCACAACUUAAAAUUUUUGCAUUUACAUCUAAUUACUUUUCACGAUCUAUUUCAUUUUCAGGUAAAAUCAAGAGAGCAGACGAAAGGUUUGGACAGUAUAAUUGAGAUCUCUGUGGAUCUCUCCAAGGAACAAUUGACUGCUAGAGCCAGUGACCAUGUUCCUGAUCAUAGAGUAUUUCGCUGGCAGAAGCCGACUACCAGAUUUGAUCUUGAUGCUAUGCUAAAGGGUGAUUGGGCUUGGCUCAAUGAGAAGAAAAGUGCUUCUUUAAUCGGGAAUUAUCGCCGAGAGCCAUUGCAAUCAAGUAAUGGAAUUAGUGCUCCCGUGAGAAAAAUCAAUCUGUAUGACGUUCAACCCCUACCAAAGAUGAAAAGGCGAAAAUAUGUUGUUCCAGAGGCUAGAAACGGCGUGAAAGGCCUCGUAUUUGUUCGGAACAAAAGUAAACGUUUUGUGCAUCCCGGCGAGGAGCUCAGUGAGAGUGACGAUGACGUGGACGAAGAAUGGUUGAAGAUGAAACAUGGGGAGACUGUUGAAGACUUCAGUGAUGUAGUGGCAAAUGAACGGAAGUUCAUGGUGUUGUGGGAUCGUUAUCUUUAUGAAGAGCGUCCUAAAGGCAAUAUUCAAGUCCCACCAGUCUUGGUCCGCUUUGCUAGAGAUAUGGGGGAAGUUCUUAGAAGCUCAAAUCUGCUUGUCGAGUUCUGGAAGCAUUGUUUGAAUCUCGUGCAGUAUCGGGUUAUUGAUGCAGAAUGUUUAAAAGUCUGUAUGGCUAUCGCGAAGGGCAAUAACCCAUGGUCUUCAGCUGGUAUUUCUACUGUUGGGCUUGGACUUGCUGGCCCUAUUGCAUUAGAAAGUUCGCAAGGUGUCGUGCCACCAUCGGAGGACCCGAUGGACCUAGAUGGUGAAACUCAUGAUGGAAAACCCUUUCUAAAAGAAACAGAUCAUAAGGUGGAAGCUCGAGAUUCGGGAUUUUGCACCUGCGGGAAGCCAUAUGAGAGAUCUCAGAUGGUCCUUUGUGUUGGUUCGACUUGCGACAGGCGUUGGUUCCACAAAUCCUGUUUUAACCUAGUGAAUCUUCUUGACGAAUGGAAAUGUCCGAAAUGCAUUGAAGUAAGCGAUAAUAAUGAGUAA